CUCCUCCUCCUCCUCCUCCUCCUCCUCCUCCGCCUCGGCUCUUUGUUUCCUGUUGGGGCUGUUCCUCCGGGCCGGGAUAUCGUUUGGAGAGUGGGGGGCAGGCCCCUCGUCCCCUCCUGCCUCUCCGUCCUCCCCCCCCUCCACGACCCCCGGACUCCGGAUCCCCGCCUUUCUGCCCUCCCAGAAUCGGGAUCGCUCCCUGCGAUGUAUCCGCAGGGCAGGCAUCCGGCUCCGCACCAACCCGGACAGCCGGGCUUUAAAUUCACGGUGGCCGAGUCCUGCGACAGGAUCAAAGACGAGUUCCAGUUCCUCCAGGCUCAGUACCACAGCCUGAAAGUGGAGUACGACAAGCUGGCCAACGAGAAGACGGAGAUGCAGCGCCAUUAUGUUAUGUACUACGAAAUGUCGUACGGUCUGAACAUUGAGAUGCACAAACAGACAGAGAUUGCUAAAAGACUGAACACAAUCCUAGCCCAGAUCAUGCCAUUUCUGUCACAAGAGCACCAACAGCAGGUCGCUCAAGCCGUUGAGCGGGCCAAGCAAGUGACCAUGACCGAGUUGAAUGCCAUCAUCGGGGUACGUGGACUUCCCAAUCUGCCUCUCACCCAGCAGCAGCUCCAGGCCCAGCACCUCUCCCACGCUACCCACGGGCCACCGGUCCAGCUGCCUCCUCACCCGUCGGGCCUGCAGCCGCCCGGGAUCCCGCCAGUCACGGGAAGCAGCUCGGGGCUGCUCGCCCUCGGUGCCCUGGGCAGCCAGCCUCACCUGACCGUGAAAGAUGAAAAAAACCACCACGAUCUGGACCAUAGAGAGAGAGACUCAAGCGCAAAUAACUCCGUGUCUCCAGCUGAGAGCCUGCGGGCCAGCGAGAAGCACAGGAGCUCCACCGACUACAGCAUCGACUCCAAAAAGCGGAAAGCGGAAGAGAAAGACAGCAUGAGUCGAUAUGACAGCGAUGGGGACAAGAGCGAUGACCUGGUGGUGGAUGUGUCUAAUGAGGAUCCAGCCACGCCCCGGGUCAGUCCAGCCCACUCCCCUCCUGAAAACGGGCUAGAUAAGGCCCGAGGACUGAAAAAGGAUUCUCCAAAUAGCCCCGCCUCGGUCGCCUCCUCCAGUAGUACGCCUUCUUCUAAGACAAAAGACAUUGGUCACAAUGACAAAUCGUCCACCCCCGGGCUCAAGUCCAACACCCCGACCCCGAGGAACGAGGCCCCCACCCCAGGCACGAGCACGACCCCGGGGCUCCGGCCCAUGCCGGGGAAACCACCGGGCAUGGACCCGAUAGCCUCCGCCCUGAGGACCCCCAUCUCGAUCGCCGGUUCCUACGCGACCCCAUUCGGCAUGAUGGGCCAUCACGAGAUGAACGGCUCCCUGACCAGCCCCGGAGCCUACGCCGGCCUCCACAACAUCCCGCCCCAGAUGAGCGCGGCCGCCGCCGCCGCCGCUGCCUAUGGUCGGUCGCCAAUGGUGAGCUUUGGAGCUGUCGGCUUUGACCCUCACCCGCCGAUGCGGGCCACCGGACUGCCGUCGGGUCUCGCCUCCAUCCCCGGAGGGAAACCAGCGUACUCGUUCCACGUGAGCGCGGAUGGGCAGAUGCAGCCGGUGCCGUUUCCGCACGACGCCCUGGCCGGGCCGGGCAUCCCCCGCCACGCCCGCCAGAUCAACACGCUGAGCCACGGCGAGGUGGUCUGCGCCGUGACCAUCAGCAACCCCACCCGCCACGUCUACACCGGCGGCAAGGGGUGUGUCAAGAUCUGGGACAUCAGCCAGCCUGGCAGCAAGAGCCCCAUAUCCCAGCUGGACUGCUUGAACCGGGACAACUACAUCCGCUCCUGCAAACUCCUGCCGGACGGCCGCACGCUGAUCGUGGGCGGGGAGGCCAGCACGCUGACCAUCUGGGACCUGGCCUCCCCGACGCCCCGGAUCAAGGCGGAGCUGACCUCGUCGGCCCCCGCCUGCUACGCCCUGGCCAUCAGCCCCGAUGCCAAAGUCUGCUUCUCCUGCUGCAGCGACGGCAACAUUGCCGUGUGGGACCUGCACAACCAGACCCUGGUCAGGCAGUUCCAAGGCCACACGGACGGGGCCAGCUGCAUCGACAUCUCUCACGACGGCGCCAAGUUGUGGACCGGCGGCUUGGACAACACCGUGCGCUCCUGGGACUUGCGUGAGGGCCGCCAGCUGCAGCAGCACGACUUCACCUCCCAGAUCUUCUCCCUGGGAUACUGCCCGACCGGCGAGUGGCUGGCAGUGGGCAUGGAGAGCAGCAACGUGGAAGUCCUGCACCACACCAAGCCCGAUAAAUACCAGCUGCACCUGCACGAGAGCUGUGUGCUCUCCCUGAAGUUUGCCUAUUGCGGAAAGUGGUUCGUCAGCACUGGGAAAGAUAACCUUCUCAACGCCUGGCGGACACCGUACGGAGCCAGCAUCUUCCAGUCGAAAGAAUCCUCAUCUGUCUUAAGUUGCGACAUUUCCGCGGAUGACAAAUACAUCGUAACGGGCUCUGGUGACAAGAAAGCCACAGUUUACGAGGUCAUCUAUUAAACGGCAAGCUCCGAAACCCGGGCUGCGGUCCGACAGCGUAACUACCAGGCUCCGAAGGAUGGCGGGAAGAGGAACCGAGAGCAGCCAGGCGUUUAAAGGAUGGUUUCUGGCCAGCCGGGCUGGGGAUGGGACGCUUCGCAGUCUCAGACUAACGUGCAUGGAUUAAUGCGCUUGGAUGAUUCUGAUCUCUCUCUCUCCCCACACCCCACGAAAGCCCUGGCCGAUGAUGUCAAACGGAUUUAUUUGGAGGUGUGUGAGCAAAGGCCCCAGACGAAAGAAGGCCUCUUACUCCAAAUUUUUCUUUUUUUUUUUUUAUAUUUCUUUUGCCUCUUGCCUAUAUUUCACAGGCACUAUAAAGGCUCACUCUCACA